AAAAACAUGAAAUAGCCAUGGGCGGUUGGUUGCAAGUGCCACUGGCUCAGUCAAACACUUCGUUCUACUCGUGUCGUGAGUUCUUCAUCUCCAAAUCUACAUCACACACACACUCACCUCACUCUUAGUUCUUCCACCAUUAUCUUCUUCUCGCGUCCACCUACUCAGCUGUUUGUAUUAUGCACGGCGUUGACUAUUUGGUAAUUGCACCGUAGAGCUUGUUUAAGAUGAGUAAGAGGCGUGAAACUGCUCCAGCUGCAUCUAAAGGGUCAAGCGAUGGCGAAGCAAGUGAAAAAUCUAGUAAUGGUGCUGAAAUGCGCACCACUGUUCAAGUUGGAAACCCAAGGAGGUCUUCAUUCGUGUGGCUGGCCUUGUUGCUGAUUAUCACUUAUUCAUGUUCAUCAGUUUAUCAUCACCAGUUUCAGAGAUUGCCUGUGCCUCUUUCAGCAGGAGAGGCUGGCAAGAGGGGCUUUUCGGAGAUUGAAGCAUUCCAGCAUGUCAAAGCUUUGACUGAAAUAGGGCCUCAUCCAGUUGGUUCUGAUGCUCUGCUUCAUGCUGUGCAGUAUGUUUUGACAGCAAGUCAAACCAUUAAGAAAACAGCUCACUGGGAGGUAGAUGUUGAAGUGGAUCUUUUUCAUGCAAAGUCUGGUGCAAAUCGUCUGAGCACUGGCUUAUUUGCAGGGAAAACAAACGUUUAUUCAGAUCUAAGUCAUGUUGUAGUAAGAAUUGUGCCAAAAUAUGUACCUGAAGCAAGAGAUCAAUCUAUUCUGGUCUCUUCUCAUAUUGAUACUGUUUUUGCAACAGGAGGGGCUGGAGAUUGUAGUUCAUGUGUAGGCGUUAUGUUGGAACUUGCUCGUGGAAUUUCUCAGUCAGCUCAUGGAUUGAGGAGAGCUGUUAUAUUCUUAUUUAAUACAGGUGAGGAGGAGGGUCUUGAUGGUGCUCAUAGCUUCAUAACCCAGCAUCCUUGGAGCAAAACUAUUCGUAUGGCUAUUGAUCUGGAAGCCAUGGGUGUUGGAGGGAAGUCUAGUAUUUUUCAGGCUGGUCCUCAUCCUUGGGCUAUUGAGAACUUUGCUUUAGUAGCAAAAUAUCCAUCUGGUCAAAUAAUUUCGCAGGAUCUGUUUUCUUCUGGGUUCAUAAAGUCUGCAACAGAUUUCCAAGUGUACAAAGAGGUUGCUGGCCUUUCUGGGCUUGAUUUUGCAUAUAUGGAUAAGACUACUGUAUAUCAUACCAAGAAUGACAAAUUAGAGUUUCUGAAGAAUGGAUCUAUUCAACAUCUGGGGGAAAAUAUGCUUGCUUUCCUGCUUCAUACUGGGGCAUCUUCAUAUUUUCCAGAAGGAAAUUCAACAGAAGCAGAGGAAGAUACGAGCAAAAACAAUGCCAUAUAUUUUGACAUUUUGGGAACAUAUAUGGUUGUUUACCGUCAAAAGUUUGCUAAAAUGCUCCACAAUUCAGUGAUAUUGCAGUCACUUCUAAUAUGGGCUACAUCGUUGGUUAUGGGUGGUAUACCGGCUGUAGCUUCAUUUGCCUUGUCAUGUUUGAGUAUUCUUCUCAUGUGGGUCAUGGCCUUAAGUUUCUCCUUCCUUGUUGCAUUUCUCCUACCUUUGAUAUCUUCAUCACCAAUGCCAUAUGUUUCAAGCCCGUGGUUGGUGGUUGGAUUAUUUGGUGCACCAGCUUUUCUCGGAUCAUUGACUGGUCAACAUUUGGGUUUUCUUCUGCUUCAAAAAUAUCUAUUGAAUUCUCAUUCAAAUAGAAGGCAAUUUCCCCCCAUUAUUAAAGCUGCUGUUGUCAAGCUAGAGGCUGAAAGGUGGCUCUAUAAAGCUGGAUCCUUUCAAUGGCUUAUACUUCUCAUUUUGGGAAACUAUUUUAAAAUUGGCUCUUCUUACUUGGCUCUUGUUUGGUUAGUUUCUCCGGCAUUUGCAUAUGGUUUUUUUGAAGCAACACUAACCUCAGCCAGGUUACCAAAGCCACUCAAAUUGGCAACCCUACUUAUAGGGUUAGCCACUCCGAUUUUAAUUUCCUCUGGCGUAUUUAUUCGGCUUGUUGCUACAAUCAUAGGGACUAUGGUUCGAUUUGACAGGAAUCCUGGUGGUACUCCUGAAUGGCUGGGAAAUUUUGUGAUUGCUGCUUUUAUUGCUGUUCUUUUGUCUUUGACCUUGGUGUACAUUCUUUCAUAUAUCCAUCUUUCAGGUGCAAAAAGGGCAAUCAUCCUUGCUACUUUGGUGCUAUUUAGUUUAUCACUUGCACUUGUAACAUCAGGUGUUGUUCCACCAUUUUCUGAAGACACUGUUAGAGCUGUGAAUGUUGUACAUGUUGUGGAUGCAACAGGAAAAGUUGAGGAAGGACAAAAUCCUAUGUCAUACGUAUCUUUAUUUUCUUAUACUCCUGGAAAUUUGAUAAAGGAGGUAGAACAGAUUAAUGAAGGUUUUGUAUGCGGUAAAGACAAAACAGUUGAUUUUGUGACUUUCUCAGUCAAAUAUGGUUGUUGGACCUAUGAUGACACCACUAAUGGCUGGAGUGAGACAGAUAUUCCUAUAAUGCAUGUCUAUAGUGACGCUAAAGGAAACCGAAGAAUUACACAAGUAUCAAUCAAUACAAAGGGUUCUAUCCGCUGGGCUCUUGCAAUAAAUACAGAAGAAAUAGAAGAUUUUGAGUUUAAAGAUGCAAGGAAUUCUGAAGAACUGAUUCCAGUUGACAAAAAGAGUGGUGUGAAUGGUUGGCACAUUAUUCAGUUUUCUGGAGGAAAAAAUGCUUCAACAUUGUUUGAUCUGACUCUUUACUGGAGGUCUGGUUCAACUCAUAACUCUGAUUCUCCUCUUCUCAAACUUCGAACUGAUGUGGACAAAGUAACACCAAUAACCGAACGAGUUCUUGAGAAGCUUCCUCGUUGGUGUUCUUUGUUUGGCAAAUCUACCUCUCCUCUUACCUUGGCUUUCUUGACAAAUCUGCCUGUUAAAUUUUAGUCACUUGAAGUUUAUCCUAGAAUCCUCAUAUCAUAGGACUUCUAAUUCCUUAUACCAUUUUUGUCCUACUUAUUGUCAAAACAUUUAUAUUUUAUUUUUGACAAUGAUGUAUUUACAACUUUAGUUAUGGGAUCAAAUAGAAUGGGGGGUUACAACAAUUAAAUUUUAUUGCCUUGCCUGAA